UGGCUUGACAGCCGGGCGCGGGAGGAUGACGUCAUCUCCUCGUUGCGCGGUUUGCGCGGGUCGCGUGUUGUUUUGAACCGACCCUUGCGCCUCAGCUGACGGUCCCGGCCUAGAGCCUGAUUUGUGUCACUUUCUGAUUGGAUUCAGAGCAGAAUGCCGAGCUCAGCUCCGGGGGCCCCGGCAGCCACCGCCGCCAUGCAGGAAGCAGUGGAGGGAGCCGGCAGAGUCAUAGACCGGUAUCUGCAGGAGGAGAGAGCUUACCCGGACCUGUCUGACUUCCUCAACAUCCCCGCUCAUAUGUCCUUCCGCCGCUCUAAGCGGUCCACGGUGGUUUUCCCCAAUCACGAGGAUCUGGACGCGCUCCUUGCCAAGGAGUGGCGUCACCCUGACCGGCGCCUUCAUCUCACCAAGGCUUCUGAUGUCCCUUAUCCCUUCUCAGAGGAUUCGGUCAAUCUCUGGACGAUUCCCCCUCUGGUGGAUCCUCAGGUCGCUCGUCUGGCGAAAGCUACUACGCUUCCCCUGGCUGAUGCGGCUUCCUUGUCGGAUCCCGCUGAUAAACGGGUCGACUCCUUGGCCAAGUCCGUUUUCAUCGCAGCGGGCGCCGCCAUCCGCCCUGCGUUUGCCGCCUCUUGGGUCGCCAAGGCAUGCGCUAUUUGGGCAAAGCAACUUCUCCGUGCCUUACCUGCUGACUCUGACCAGGGGGGCUUGGCAGUGCUUGCCUCCCAGAUCUAUCAGGCUUCCAAGUUUCUUUGUGACGCCUCUAUGGAAUCGGCUCGCCGCUCUGGGCGUGCGGCCGCCAACUCUGUGGCUAUCCGCCGCACCAUCUGGCUUCGUUCCUGGGCGGCGGACUCCGCCUCCAAGAAGGCUCUUAUCUCUCUUCCCUUUCUCGGUGGAAAGCUUUUUGGGAAACGCUUGGAGGAGCUCAUCUCCGAGGCCACUGGAGAGUCAGAACGUUUUCGGGGCUUCUACUCGAACCUAUUCACCGUCCCCAAAAAGGACGGCUCACUCCGUCCUAUCCUGGAUCUAAAGGCGCUCAAUCUCUUUGUCCGGGUCCGUCAUUUCCGCAUGGAGUCCCUCCGGUCCGUGAUCGCCUCUCUGGAGUUGGGCGAGUUCCUGUCGUCUAUCGACAUUCAGGAUGCCUAUCUCCACGUUCCCAUCGCCCUCUCCCACCAAAGGUUCCUUCGCUUCGCGGUGGGUUCUCUUCAUUUCCAAUUUGUAGCCCUUCCCUUCGGCCUGGCUUCCGCACCGAGGGUUUUCACCAAGGUGUUAGCUCCCCUCGUGGCUCUUCUUCGUGCCAGAGGGGUCGCCUUGGUGCCUUACCUGGACGACCUUCUGAUUCGGGCCCCGUCUCCCGAGGACAAUCUGUCCAGCCUGAGCAUCACCCUCUCGGCUCUUGCUCAGUUCGGGUGGCUUGUCAACCACUCCAAGUCCUCCCUUAUCCCACGCCAGAGGAUGCUCUUUCUGGGCAUGCUCUUCGACACUCGCCUCGGGCGGGUGUUCCUUCCCCCAGAGAAGGUUUCUUCUCUUCAGGCGGGGGUGCAUCUUCUCCGCAGGCCGUCCUCUCUGACCAUCAGGACGUGUAUGCGCGUCCUGGGGAGGAUGGUGGCCUCAUUCGAAGCCAUUCCUUAUUCCCAAUUCCACUCUCGGGACCUUCAGAUGUUCAUCUUAUCCAGGUGGGACAAGUCCCCGGAGGGUCUCGAUCGCCUUGUUCGUCUCCCCCCUCAGAUUCGCCUGGAUCUCUCCUGGUGGUUGCUUCCUCGGACGGUGUCCCUGGGCCAGUCCUUCCUCCCUCCCAGUUGGCGGGUGAUCACGACCGAUGCCAGCCUCUCGGGAUGGGGAGCGGUGUUCGAGUCCCUCACGGUUCAGGGUCUGUGGUCUGUUCAGGAAUCCUCCCUGCAGAUCAACGUUCUCGAGCUCAGGGCAAUUUUCUUAGCACUGUCGCACUGGACUUCUCGUCUGCGCGGCCUCCCGAUCCAAAUUCAAACGGACAAUUCCACCGCCGUGGCUUAUCUGAAUCAUCAGGGGGGCACCAGGAGCGUGAUGGCCCUGCGAGAGGCCUCUCAGAUCCUGCGAUGGGCGGAGGACCACGUCCCCGUUCUCUCCGCCGUCCACAUUCCCGGGGUCGACAAUUGGGCGGCAGACUUUCUCAGUCGUCAGCUCGUCGACCCGGGCGAAUGGUCUCUCCACCCGGAGGUGUUUCAUCAACUGUGUCUCCGGUGGGGAGCUCCGGACGUGGAUCUCUUCGCGUCUCGCCUGAAUCACAGACUUCCGCGCUAUGUUGCGCGGUCCAGGGAUCCACAAGCUCUAGCGGUCGAUGCCCUAGUUCUGCCUUGGUCUCAGUUCGACCUUCUGUAUCUCUUUCCACCCAUCCCUCUUCUGCCUCGAGUGCUCAAGCGUCUCAAGGCAGCCCGGGUGCCGGCGAUUCUGGUGGCUCCGGAUUGGCCCCGCAGGGCGUGGUACGCAGAUCUCGUGUUCCUGCUCGCCGACGUUCCAUGGCGUCUUCCCCUGCGCCGCGAUCUCCUUUCGCAGGGCCCUCUGUUCCACCCGAAUUUACCGCAGCUUCGGUCACCCAUGCCUUUAAACAGUCCGGUGGCAAUGCCGAGCUUCCUGGCUACACCUGCCCAAGGUGUCUACCCACCAAAUGUAUCUACUCCAAUGUAUUCUGCUGCAACCCCAGCCCAUCAGUCCGCUGCCCCUCUGUCGGGCGUAGCAGACGUUUUCUUUUCUGGAAAACACAACGGCAUUUGCAUCUAUUUUACCCGCAUUGUCAAUAAUAUCUGGGAUGGAAGCAUGAUUGUGGAAAGAAACUUCAAGAUCGAAAACCGAGACGUCACAGCGAUUGACAGCAGCUUCUCCCCCCACGUCCUGCAGUCGGUUUUAGAGGAGCUGAAAGGGUUACUGGAAUUUUUGGACAGAAACUCGCAGUUCGCUGCUGGCUCCAUGGGAAAUCCAAGCAGUUUUGGAACACCAGUCAAUAUCCAUCAGCGUUUAGGCAGCAUUGGACGCCAUGAAAUGGGAAGUUCUCAACAAGUCCAGCAAGAACUGCAGAGGAAGUACCACACUGAAGCCCAGCUCAUGGAGAAGACAUCUCUUCAAGGGAUCCACAUCUUGGUCAGAAAGACAUGUCAAGCCUUAGCGCUGUGGAAGCUGCUCUGUGAGCACCAGUUUCACCACAUCGUGUCUGAUCUGCAGAAGGAGCUGCAGGAGCAGCUGAAAAUGACUACCUUUAAAGAUUUAGUGACCCGAGACAAGGAGUUGACUGGAGCCCUGGUCGCAUCAUUGAUCAAUCAUUAUAUCCGUGAUAACGCGUCAGUGGAUGGAAUCAGUUCUCGCCUGCAAGAAGUCUGCCCGCUCUUCUACAGCCCUAAUGACGCCAUAUGCUCAAAGGCCAAUGAGCUGCUGCAGCGGUCCCGCCAGGCACAAAGCAAAUUCGAUAAAGAGUUAAUGCUCAGAGAGUCUCUGCGGGAGUACCAGAAAAUAAGCCAGCAAGUUGAUCUGGCUAAUGUUUGUGGACAGUACAGACAAGUGCGGUUUUACGAGGGUGUAGUAGAAUUGUGUUUGACUGCUGCCGAGAAGAAGGAUCCUAAAGGCCUGGGACUGCACUUUCACAAGAAUGGCGAGCCAGAAGAGGACACUGCAGGCUUACAGGCAUUUCAGGAGAGGUUAAACUGCUACAAAUGUAUCACGGAUACUCUUCAAGAGCUGGUCAACCAAAGCAAAGCGGCCCCUCAGUCUCCAAGUGUGCCCAAGAAGCCCGGUCCUCCCAUGUUGUCCUCUGACCCCAACAUGCUUAGUAAUGAAGAAGCCGGACUUCACUUUGAACAGAUGCUGAAACUGGCUCAGCGUUCUUCUGAUGAACUCUUCAAUAUAGCGUUGUUCAACUGGCUCAUACAAGCGGAUCUCACGGACAAGCUGCUAGAGCUAAACUCUCCUUUUCUGGAGCCUCACCUUGUGCGCAUGUCUAAGAUUGAUCAGAACAAAGUGCGUAGCAUGGAUUUACUGUGGAGAUACUAUGAGAAGAACAGGAAUUUCAGCUGUGCUGCUAAAGUGGUGGCUGAGCUGGCAGACAUGGACAGCACGGAUAUAUCUCUAAAACAGAGGAUUGAGUAUUUAUCCAUAGCCAUCCUAAGUGCAAAAAGUUCCUCUGGCGUGUCCACCCUCUCUGACGGGGAAUUCUUGCAUGAAUUAGAAGAGAAAAUGGAGGUAGCUAGGAUCCAGCUACAAAUCCAGGGAACAUUAAUCAGAAGAUAUUCCAACCAACCGACAACCCAGAAUGCCGUGGCACUGCUUGAUUCACAGUUAAUGGAUGCCACAAGGUUAUAUGGAGAUUUUGCCGACCCGUUCAAGCUUUCGGAGUGCAAGCUUGCAAUCAUUCACUGUGCUGGCCAUUCAGACCCCAUCUUGGUGCAGAGUCUGUGGGAAGAAAUUAUAGAAAGAGAAUUAAACGACAGCAGAGGAAUGAACGCUGCCGAGCAGAUGCAGGUAUUAAAUCUGAAGCUGACCUCGCUCGGCAAGAUCUACGCCAGCACGCCACGUUACUUUCCUCUUGAGUUUUUAGUGAAGCAUCUGGAAAAACAAGUCUGCAACCUGAACUGGAACAUAGGAUUUGUGUCACAGACCAUGCAAGAGAUCGACGUGUCAGUUCCUAAGUUGCUUGAAGUCUACGAUCACCUGUUUAAAGAAAGGGAUCCAUUUUGGACCAGAGUAAAGAAACCUCUGCACCUUCUGGAAUGUAUACACGUGCUGCUGUCUGGAUAUGCACAGGACCCCAACCAAGUCCAGAGGCAUGAAAGGCGGCUGUUUAACAUGGUGUGCCUGGACGCCAUCUCGCUCUAUCUAGUCGAGCUCCAUUCGAUGGAACCCACGCUAGCGGUACAGGCGGCCGUUGGAAACUUCAAGUCUCUACAAGCCAAAAUAGAAAGAUUAGGUUUUAACUAGUCCUUAAUGGGGUUUUUUUUUUUAACUGGUUAUUCUGAAACAACCUUAAACUGAGCCAGCGAUGGUGGAAACCAACAAGCACUUGGAAGGGGUCGGAGGAAGCUGAAGAUCUGGAUUUUGUAUUCUUGACUUUUUCAAUCAGAACAUAAGUUAUGUAAAUAAAACCAAUCGGUUUAACACAGAAAGCAACAAAUUUUCCUUAU